CCUUCCUCUCUACUAUAACACACACUCACUUGUUCACCACAAAAAAAAAUUAAGAAUCUAUACCAAUGGCGAAUCUGCCGAUUCUUUUGGAUUACUGGCCGAGUAUGUUCGGGAUGAGGGCGAGAGUUGCGUUGCGAGAGAAAGGUGUUGAGUUCGAAUACAGAGAGGAAGAUUUCUCGAACAAAAGCGCUUUACUCCUCCAAAGUAAUCCCAUUCACAAGAAAAUUCCGGUUCUGAUCCACAACGGGAAACCGGUUUGUGAAUCUCUUAACGUCGUCCAGUACGUUGACGAGGCCUGGCCCGAAAAGAACCCGUUCUUUCCUUCCGAUCCUUACGGGAGAGCUCAGGCUCGAUUUUGGGCCGAUUUCGUGGACAAGAAGUUCACCGACGCCCAAUUCAAGAUAUGGGGGAAGAAAGGGGAGGAACAAGAAGCAGGAAAGAAGGAAUUUAUUGAGGCAGUGAAGAUUCUUGAAACUGAGCUAGGAGAUAAACCUUACUUUGGUGGAGAUAGCUUUGGGUAUGUAGACAUUUCCUUGAUUACAUUCUCCAGCUGGUUCCAAGCCUAUGAGAAGUUUGGUAACUUUAGCAUCGAAUCAGAGAGUCCGAAACUGAUCGCUUGGGCAAAGAGGUGCAUGGAGAAAGAGAGUGUGUCUAAGUCUCUCCCUGACUCUGAGAAGAUUGUUGCAUAUGCUGCUGAGUAUAGGAAAAACAAUCUCUGAUCUGAGUAAUCUUGUUGCUCUCUUGUUGCUAAGCUGUGUUCUGUUUUUUUAUCUUUGUUUUUUUCUUCCCCCUAAUAAUGCGAGAGAGCCUUAGUGACUGUGUGUUGUGGUUUGUAUCCAUCCUAAGUAUGGAAUUUAAAUAAAAUUUGUUUCGAUGGUCGUAUUCA